AUGAUGAUGGACCUUUUUGAAACUGGCUCCUAUUUCUUCUACUUGGAUGGGGAAAAUGUUACCCUGCAGCCGUUAGAAGUGGCAGAGGGCUCUCCUUUGUAUCCAGGGAGUGAUGGUACCCUGUCCCCCUGCCAGGACCAAAUGCCCCCGGAAGCUGGGAGCGACAGCAGCGGAGAGGAACAUGUCCUGGCGCCCCCAGGCCUGCAGCCUCCUCACUGCCCCGGCCAAUGCCUGAUCUGGGCUUGCAAGACCUGCAAGAGAAAAUCUGCCCCCACUGACCGGCGGAAGGCCGCCACCCUGCGCGAGAGGAGGCGGCUAAAGAAAAUCAACGAGGCCUUCGAGGCACUGAAGCGGCGGACUGUGGCCAACCCCAACCAGAGACUGCCCAAGGUGGAGAUUCUGCGGAGCGCCAUCAACUACAUCGAGCGGUUGCAGGACCUGCUGCACCGGCUGGAUCAGCAGGACAAAAUGCAGGAGCUAGGGGUGGACCCCUUCAGCUACAGACCCAAGCAAGAGAAUCUUGAGGGUGCGGAUUUCCUGCGCACCUGCAGCUCCCAGUGGCCAAGUGUUUCGGAUCAUUCCAGGGGGCUCGUGAUAACUGCCAAGGAAGGAGGGGCAAGCAUUGAUUCAUCGGCCUCGAGUAGCCUUCGAUGUCUUUCCUCCAUCGUGGACAGCAUCUCCUCGGAGGAGCACAAACUCCCCUGCGCGGAGGAGGUGGUGGAGAAGUAACCCGGCGCCGGUGCUAGGGAUGUCCUCCACGUAGCAGGAAGAUCCCUCCCUCCCUCAUUCGCCUAAUCCUUUAGGUCACGUUACAGUAAUAUUUAGGAACCCAGACCCAGGAGCUUAUGAAAGGGAAGGAGCCAUAUUCACAAAGAAA